CGCUUGCCAUAUCUGGAAAUCUAUCCGCACGCGGCUCUUCUCCCACCACUAGUGCCACAGCCCAUGAACCCAGCAUCUCGUGCUGCCGCGUUUUUAUAUAUCUGCAACCUCGCAAUCAAACACAAGUCUGCGAUCGCAUAAGAGCAACCGCCCCAGCCACAUCCUCUUCUCUCCACAUUCUAAGCUCUCACAAUGGUUGUCGGAUCUGUUCUCGUCACCGGUGGAACCGGCUACAUUGGCUCCUUCACAGCUCUUGCCCUCCUCGAGGCAGACUACAAGGUCGUCAUCGUCGACAACCUCUACAACUCCUCCCCAGAAGUCGUGAACCGCAUCGAGCUCAUCUGCGGCAAGCGACCUGCCUUUUACCAAGUCGACGUUACGGAUGAGGCCGCGCUCGACAAGGUGUUUGAGGAGAACCCAGACAUCGACAAUGUCAUCCACUUUGCUGCUCUGAAGGCCGUUGGAGAGUCUGGCGAGAUCCCCCUCACAUACUACCGCGUCAACGUUGGCGGCUCGAUUGCGCUUCUCUCCUCCAUGGUCAAGCACAAUGUCACAAACAUCGUCUUCUCUUCUUCCGCGACCGUCUACGGCGAUGCGACGCGCGUCCCCAACAUGAUCCCCAUCCCUGAACACUGCCCCAUCGGCCCGACCAACGUAUACGGCCGCACAAAGUCCACCAUCGAGGGUGCCAUUACAGACACCAUCGAAGCUGAGCGCAACAACGCGAAGAAAGCUGGCAAGGACGACAAGGAGAUCAAGAAGUGGAACGCCGCGCUGCUGAGGUACUUCAACCCCGCCGGUGCGCAUCCCAGCGGUAUCAUGGGCGAGAACCCUCUGGGCGUGCCAUACAACCUCCUCCCCUUGUUGGCGCAAGUUGCGAUCGGCAAGCGCGAGAAGCUCCUCGUCUUUGGUGACGACUACAAGAGCAAGGACGGCACAGCGAUCCGCGACUACAUCCACGUCCUUGAUCUAGCGCGAGGCCAUCUCCAGGCGCUCAACUACCUGCGCGAGCAACAACCCGGUGUCAAGGCAUGGAACCUGGGUACCGGAAAGGGCUCGACCGUCUUCGAGAUGAUCAAGGCAUUCAGCACCGUUGUGGGACGCGACCUACCAUACGAGGUUGCGCCGCGGAGACAGGGUGACGUGCUCGACCUGACAGCGAACCCCACACUUGCCAACAAGGAGCUCGACUGGAAGACCGAGUUCACACUGGAAGACGCUUGCGCCGACCUGUGGAAGUGGACAGAAAACAACCCAGAGGGUUACGAGCAGCAACCACCAAAGGAGUUUUUGGACGCAUUGAAGAACAAGAAGGCGUAGACGAAGAGGAAUGGAUUAAGGAAGAAACGCGCAUAUGAGGAUGUCGAAGCGCUACAUUUUACACAUCUCCUUGACAUGAUUAUCUAAGUUCUAUGGGUACAAGUGAGACCCUUGGUUAUUGAAUCGUUUCAAGUUAGUUGUCUGUGCGAUCAUUCAAUCUGAGAAUAAUUCCAAACUUCACGCAACGUCAUGUAUUUGAAAGUCAGAUCUGGGUAUAACAUUAUCAAACAUGUAGUCGACUGCUGUCCCAACUCCGGGCCUCAUGCCAACACAAACAUGGCCGCGCAAACGCUCAAAA